GUCCGAGUGGCAAACUGCAAUCGUUGUUUGCUCGUGUUCGCAGAUUGAUGCGCAAUCGAAGAGAAUAUUCAAAAUAAUAAAUAAUCAUGUGGGAUUUGGUAGCGCUUUUCGCGCUUUUGGUGUUCUUGAUCAGAUACUAUUUGAAAAAUACUUACAAUUACUGGGAGAAGAGGAAAGUUCCAUGCCCAACACCCAAAUACAUCUUCGGCACGCUGUACGAUUCGAUCGUGAUGAAGAAAUCUUUGGCGCAGAUCUAUUACGAACUCUACAACCAAUACCCGGACAGCAAUUACGUCGGUUUCUACAAGUUCUUCAAGCCGGGAGUGGUGAUCCGCAACCCGGAGAUCAUCAGAGACAUCGUCAUCAAGGAGUUCAGCUCCUUCCACGAUAAUGAUUUCUAUUUAAGCGAACACGACGAUUUCAUCUUUGGAAAUAAUCCGUUCGUUCUUCGCGGUCCCAAAUGGAAGGUGGUGAGGAGUCAGCUGAGUCCGAGCUUCACCAGCGGAAAGGUGAAGAAUAUGGCACCGCACGUCAUCGUUAAUGGAAAGAAGAUGUUGAAGUACAUUGAAGAAACGUGCACCAAUGACGUCGCCUGCUUGGAGAUGAAGGAUUUAGCGACGCGAUUCACUAGUGAGAACGUCGCCAGUUGCGCCUUCGGCCUCGAGGGAAACUCCUUCAUCGAUCCCGACGCCAAAUUCAAGGUGAUCGGAAGACAACUCACCGAACCUUCCUUCAUCAGCGGCUUGAAGAUGGUCCUCAUCAUGGCCGUUCCGAUGAUGGCCAAAGUAUUCAGAGUCAAGUUUUUCACGGAUGAUGUGACAGCUUUCCUGAAGAACAUCGUCGUGGAGACGUUGAAAUACCGCAAAGAUAACGGGAUCUUUCGCAACGAUUUCCUCGACUUCAUGACUACUCUGAGGGCGAAGAUCAACAACGAGAAGGAAUUCAACGAGAACGAAAUCACUGCUCACGCUGGUGGUUUCUUCAUCGAUGGAUACGAGACGAGCGCCAUCGUCAUCUCUUACGCUCUAUACGAGAUGGCCGCAAACCCGGAGGAACAGGAACGUCUGAAGGCGAACAUAGAUGAAGUUCUGGAAAAGUACAACGGCGAGUUGACCUACGAGGCCAUACAAGAGAUGGAAUAUUUGGAUCUGGUGCUUAAAGAGAGUCUCAGGAAGAACGUGCCGCUGAUGGCGCUGUCCAAGAUGUGCACGAGACCCUUCAAACUUCCCCCGGCUCGAGAGGGUGGACCAGAGGUCGUUCUGCAGCCCGGUAUGCCGGUCAUCAUACCCGCCUGGGCUCUGCACGUAGAUGAGAAGUACUACCCGGAACCGGACAAAUUCAUACCGGAGAGAUUCGCCGAUAUGGACGCUAUUCCUAAGAACACGUACAUGCCGUUCGGAGAUGGUCCAAGGAUGUGUCUGGGAAUGAAGUUCGGGCAACUGCAGGCCAAAACCUCUUUGGCCACCAUCAUCAGAGACUACCGCCUGGAGGUGGACAAGACUCAAACGUCAGAACCUCUUGAAAUGGAUCCGAGGUUCUUCAUGCGCUCGGCCCGUAACGGCAUAUGGAUCAAGUUGAACAAGCGAAAACCUUAGCCUAAUAAUAUGUAGUUAAUAUCUAGUCUAAACAUAAGCGAGUCUAUAAAUAGAAUUAGAAUAUAAUGUAAUUUCAAGUAUUAUUAUAUAUACAUAUAUAAUUGCGCGUAAAAUAAACACGAAACUGGAACGAGAUAA